CUCCUGCACGACGAAUCUGCAGGUGAAAAAAAAAUGGCGUAUGAAAGACACGUACAGUGCUUUAAAUUGAUUGCACUGGCGCAACUUUUCUUCGAUCACAUGACGCAAGCAGCGCUCCCUGAGGGUCUGAAGUGCCCCACUUUAAAAGCUUCGAUGCAUGCUGACUGGAACUUGCUUGGGGGACAGGAGUGGCUGGAAGGUUUGCACUACCCUAACGAGGUGCAUGUAUGCGACGUUUUGCGGUAUUUCCCAGCUAACAACACUUUUGCGAUCCAGACGAGACCGGGACCGACUGGCCCCGCAAAAGUUCUUGCCUACUACAAGUUUCGGAAGCAAGAUGACAGGCAGUACAUUGUCGCUCACGAUGUAAAGUUCUACCAGAUUUUGGACACGGACUAUGCAAACUGGGCCCUCAUUCACCACUGCUCGGAAGGCGGGUCUGGAUCGUGGUAUGUAGUUGCCCUGUCGAAACCGAUGGCCGAGGUACCUGCGAAAGUAAUGAAGAGGAUUCAAGAUGCCAUAACAAAAUCUGGAGAGAAAAGGAAGGUCACUUGGAAUCGUUCCGCGUGCAUGUUGGAAAAACCUACGAAGGCGCCUCUUGACAGUCUGAGUUUGGUGCGCGGCAUGCGGAUAGGCUGAAGCUGAAAUACUGUUUCUUCGAUAAAAGAAAAAACAAAACUGAGUUAAUAAACAUUCGGGGAACAAAAC